AUGUCGAUCGGUAUUUCAGAGGAUCAAAAUCAGAAAUUUAGAAGAACGAUGGAGGAUAAGGUUACCGUGUUGAAUGAUUUCAAUAACGUUUCAAAUCAAUUAUACGCUGGGUUGUUCGAUGGCCACGCAGGUAAAUCAUUGUCAGAUUAUUGCGGUGAUAAUCUUCAUCAAACGAUUCUGAACAACUUUACAAAAUUUAAGAGCGUAUCUGAUAAUCUUAAUCAGUCUUUCUUAUCAGUUGAUAAUGAGCAAUCGUUGAGUUCUGGGUGUACCGCAGUUGUUAGCUUGAUUUUAUAUGGGAAUGGAGUGAAUGAUGUGGUGAAUAAGGACAAACAAAAUCCACAAGGUACUCGUACUCUCUACACGGCUAACGUUGGUGAUGCAAGGGCUGUGUUGUGCAGAAGUGGUCAAGCUAUUAGAUUAACUUAUGAUCAUAAAGGAUCUGAUGAGAAUGAGCAAAAGAGGAUAAUGGAUGCAGGUGGAUAUAUCCUAAACGGACGCGUAAAUGGUGUUUUAGCGGUAACAAGAGCAUUAGGUGAUAGCCCAAUGAAGCAGUAUGUCGUUGGAUCGCCUUACACAACCGAGAUAGACUUAACAGAUGAAGAUGAAUGGCUUAUCAUCGCCUGUGAUGGAUUAUGGGAUGUUGUAACGGAUAAUCAAGUCGUUGAGCUUAUCAAACGCUGUAAAUCGGGUGAGGAAGCUUCUCAAUUACUCUUAGACUACGCCUUGAACAACCUAUCAACUGACAAUUUAUCAAUCAUUGUAAUUAAAUUUUAA